AUGUUCCGCCUCGCGCCCGCGCGCCUCCGCAGCAGCCUGCAGCCGGUCCAGCGCAGCAGCGCCGCUUUCAGCAGCAGCAGCACGCCCACGCCGUCGGUCGACGCCAUCCCGGCCAACAACCCCGCGCCCAAGGCCCCCGCGCCCAACGUCUCGGCCACCAACGCCGUGCCCACCAGCUCCGAGGGCUCCUUCGACCAGGUCCUGGUCGAGAGCGUCGAGAAGGGCGAGGCCCUGCGCACCGCCCAGGCCCCCAACCGCCAGGGCAUCUGGUCGAGGAGCCAGCAGCCGCGCGAGCGCGCCAUGGUCGGCCCGCGCUUCGAGCAGACCAUCAUGGAGGACCAGCCCCGCCCUUAUGCCGCCAUCGAUCUCAUCCACAAGCAGCCCGUCCGCUGGGUAAAGGAGCGCACCGUCUCGUGCGAUGGCGGCGGAGGGCCAUUGGGCCACCCCCGCAUCUUCAUCAACGUCGACAAGCCGCAGAUCUGCAUGUGCACGUACUGCGGCCUCCCCUUUGCCCACGAGCACCACAAAGAGCACCUCAAGGCCCAGCCGUCCUCGCCUUACCCCCUCGAGCCCACCGGCCAGGAGGGCGAGGUCGAGUUCAGCCAGCGCAUCACCAACGAGCCGCUCGGGCAGAGGUAG